GGAUCAACCUCUAAAUUGUUGUUAAAUAUUUUAAAUAAUUUGUAGCACUGGUUUAUGUAAGUGCGUGUUGCAACUGUUUCUUCAGGGGGUAAAGGUCCCUUAACGAUGUCUAAUGCUACAUCAACAGAGCAAAGGGUGACAGCCCUUUAGACACUCAUUUUGGUCCUAGGUGUUAACUUCAAAUGCUUCCAGUUUAGGUUGAUUAGCUGGCGUUUUACAACUCAGUGGUAUCAAAUGAUCAGCUGUUAUUUUUCUACCCUCUUUUUCUAACUGCCCAUCAGGAUUGACAAUGAAGUUUCUCAAUUUUUUGAUCAUAUGGGGAUAAUCUGAAAGCCACCAAAUUGGUUUGUUGUCAUUGAAGGAAUUAUAUGUCACCCAGUUCUGUGCUCCAGCUCUACUAAAAAAGGCAUGUGAAUAUGUGGAACCAUCUGAAACACCAUAUAUAACUUCUAUUUUUUUCCCAUUUUCGGCUUCACAUACUUACCAAACCAGAGAAGAAAGAGCUCUAUGGUCAAGUUUUUGUAGUGGGAAAGAGGCUACAGGCCAUGAAAAAUUCCCCUCUAUUGACGAGUAGAAAAACUGGCAAAUAAGUUUGGCCUUUUUAGAUCGAUUUGUAGGUUUCUCAUUUGAAAAUAUUCCAUCGGCGUCAGAGUCAGAAUCAGUGGGACCAGUGUCAGAAUCACUUGAUUCAGAUGUGUUUUCAUCAUUGUCAUCUUCAUUUUCAGUAUCAUGUGGACUCAGAUUGAGUUCAGAGUUAAAUCCUCAAAGCCAAUCAAUUCUCCUGUCCUUUUGCACAGUACUUUUCCUUCUUUCACACUCAUUUAAUCCCAGUGUAUACCCCCGACUCCUUUACAACCCCUUCUUGUCAUUUCUUGUAGCACUGUGUGUGCUAGAUUUUGGUGCGAUAUGGGGCUUGUUGUGCUAGCUGCCUGCCUGUAUUGCUUAAUAGUCUCCCAGGCUGGUAUAGGCAGAAUACUUCUAACCACAUCGUAUCCCCUCUUGUGACACUUGCUAGCUAUCAGACAGCUCCAUUUAAUAACAAGAGGAUUAUACCUCAUUCCCUUAGGGUGUGGCUUCUGAUUACUUUUAGUUAGAUUUCCAUGCCGUAAAAAUUCCUCUUCCUGACGUUUAAGUGAUGUUAAAGUGUCAGUCAGGAGGGCAUAGAAAACAGAGUUUUCAGUAAGCCACUGGUUUUGUAAGGCAAUGUUCAUCGAUUGUCCAAGGCCAGAGGAUGUUGGGUUGUAAUUUUUGGGUGCUUCAACUUUUUUUUGUUUUUCUCUCUGAUACAAAAAGUAGUAUCGUCUUGCCUUUCUUUGGUUUUGGGCAACCACUUUGUGUAGAUUUUUUGCCCUGGUAAUGAGUUCAGCACGAGAUAGUUUGCUGAGGUUAACAUGGCAGUCAUGAGCUGUCUUGGAUUGUGUACUCUCGGGAGAAGAGUGUUUUUGCAAACACCUGUGAGACCUUAGAAAACCCUGGCAUUCAUGACAUCUUACUUUGGACUCAUUUGGUAUAAUGUAAGAACACUUAGUGCUUCUUAUACAUUUAACAAUUUUUCCAUCAGCAAUUGAACUCUGAGAGUCAACUUGGUAUAAAGAGGUAAGUUCUAUUCUUUCGGCAAGAAUAUCAAUUAUUGCUGGAUCAUUUAUUCCAGGACAAACAGGUAAGUCAUCAAUUGUUUUCAGUAUCUUGUGUAGGGCAGUUUUAAAAAUGCUUGGCUGAAAGAUGAAUUGUGGAAGUUCCCCAUAAUCCACUUUGUUUCCCAUGAUGUGAACUGAGAAAUGAAAAAUGUCAUUUGUUGCAUUUGGCAUGUUUAAGGGAAGGAGAAAGGUUAUUUCUUUCCACCUAGGUAUUUGAACACCUUUUGUUAUAUUUGGCCUUGUAAGAACAACCUUUAGACUCUUAUCGGUUGUAUUGGAAGUUGAAAAUGUUACUGUUAAUGUUAAUGAGAAAUUUUCUUCAGAGGCAUAGCAGCCCUCAACUGUAUUUUUUGUGGGUCUUUGGUCUUCCAACAGAUGUUGUAGUCCUUUUGUAAAAAUCCCUACUUUUAAAUUUGAAAUUGAGGGCAACUCAAAUUUUGUUUCAGGUUCAUCAGGCAUUUGAGUGGAAGCGAAGCUUCCUGUUUGUGGUGUGGCUUCAAUAGCGGGGUCAGACCAAGAUGAUGUAUUGGAACACUUUUGUGUUUCUUCAAACAUAGCUUGAGCCUUCUCUUACUCAUUCUGUAUUUUUACAGAUCUUUGAAAGAAGCACUGACAUGAUAUACAUAUGUAGCUUGCUUUAGAUUCGUCAAUUGAAUCUUUAGCAUGAUAAAGGUCAUUAUGAAAAUCAGUUUUAUUUCCAGUUUGCUCAUCUAUCAUUGUGAAAAUCAGUUUUAUUUCCAGUUUGCUCAUCUAGAAAGUUGCAUGGUACUGCAAACAAGUUGUUCAGUACAUUUAUGUUGUUUAUUGCAGGGAACGUCACUGGAAGGACAGAUUUCAUUUCUGCACUGGGAACAUUGCACAAUGCAUGGAGUGACCUUUAGAAUGCCACGCUGGGCAUCACUUCGAGAUUUUGAUGAACUUUUACCUUUUGCAGGCUUAUGACCCCCUCUGCCAAUAAGGCUGUCAAAUUUGCGUGCACCUGCAUCAUUUUCACACCCCUUAAGGCAACAUUUAGCACCUCCAGGUAAACGCCCAUUCAUAAUUACUGCCCCUGAUAUCUCUUUUAAUGACACAAAGUCAUGCAAAGGUUUACCUCUGUUUGAUAGCCAGUAUAAAUCACUAGUUAUGUUAAAUUUGGAAUUCAUCUGUGAUCUCAAGUCAAAGACAGUUGCAUGUGGUGCAAAGGAAAAAGAGUGUGAUUUUCCUGUUAUAUCUAGAACUAGAAUAGAGGUAACGAACCUUUUUGACUUGAACACCAUGUUGAGGAAAAAGCCAGGGUGGUGAAAUUUUACCAUUUUCAGACAAGAAUAGCUUAAUAACAUGCCAAGGAAAAGAUACAAAGCAGGGAACAAUGGAGGAAUGUCUGUAGGAUGAAUGGAACUAGAAUCAAAGCUCUCACCAACUGUUAUUGCAGUUACCAAACACAAAACUGCCAGAAAUCGAUAGGGUAGAGCAGAUAUGGUCAGAACGAGAACAGCGGCUGCUAAGUAAAAGGGAACUGAAUUUCCCACUACCAGAGAUUGAAUUGUUGUAAUGUUAAACAAGAUGCUGUAAUACAGUAAAAGGCAUGUAACCAUAACAGUGGAAAGAAAAACCGUUGAUGCUAGACUCCAAAAAUAUUGCACAAGGGAGUAUUUGGAUGUUGACUUGAACUGUAAGCAGGUCUUGUAAAUAGGUUCAAGCAGAUGUAAAAACCAUUUUAUAAUAAAAACGGAAGUACUUUGCAAUGUGCCUUGAACAAGUGUUGCAAAUGACUUUCCAGUUCAUUAGGACGAUGACUGUAACUACAACACAACCUAGAGUUGAAGUCGAAUAGAGUAAAUUGGAUAGGAGGAUGAGAUGGAAAUGCCUUGUUUUAAACUGUUGCAAACACAAGCAUAAUAACAGUAACUUUGCCCACUGAAGCACACCCAACUUUGAAUCAAUUUUAGUGACAAAAAAUGCCCCACUCCAUUAGCAUGCCAUUUUUUAAUUGGAGUUUGGCAGAAACUUGAAGGGAUAUAAAGACUGUAAGGAAGCCUUGCAAAGUUUGAAAAUGCUUCUGAAAUAGAGGCCAUUAUGACAUGACUAAAUAAAACAGAUGCCACAAGAUGCAACGAGAAAAAGUAUUUCUCAAGGAAAAAGCAACUAAUGUUGAAGACUAAAUCAUACAGCAAAAUUGUUGUUACCAAUAAUACAAAGAGUACCAUUUUUUAAGCAUGAUUUGUUUCUCUAUUUUUUUUUUUCAAAAUACUUAUAUUUACAGUACAAUACUAAUUAUACCAUUACUAUAUGUCACUUAUUAUCGUUAUUACACUUUAUUCUUAUUAUAACUAGGUAUUCUCCAUUUACUAAAAACGUUUUUCUUCUUUAAUAGAAAUAAUUAUCAAAUAUUUGGUGAAUUAAUUUAAGUUGUGAUUUAAGGCCAAUUAUUUGUCACUUGUGUGUUCAACACCAGACUUUAUUUACAUACACCGAAUAUGAAAACUAAAUACAGCUUAUUCCCGAAGGCACGCUGUUUUUGAAAGGAACAAUGAAACAAUUUUAAAGGCCACGCAAGCACAGCAACACACGAUAUAAACAACAACAACCCUGAUCCGCAACAAUAUUUACCUCCCUGGAAGCAGCGAUUAAAAUUCAACACUGAUUAAAACUACCACACAAUCAGUAAGCCACCCUACCAUCUUCAUUAAAGGCAAUUCCCAUUCAAGAAAACAACUAUCUCUGUGGCUGAGUUUCUCUGCAUCCGGCUCGUACCCAGUCGCUAUUUAUGUGUUUUUGGGGGUGAGAGAAGUUGAGGCGUGCGCGGGGAAGUCAAAGUGAAGGAGACGUUCACUGAAAAAUUGCAAGUGGAAUCACCUCCUGCAAUUGAGCGUGCACAUCGAACCGGAAAAGACAAGAAACUCGAUGGUACGCCAAAACCGAGAACAGUCGUAUGUAAAGUCUACGAUUGGAAGGAAAGAGAAGCGAUCCUUAUAUAUUGAAACGAAUAAUAAAAUAAACACUGAUUUAUUAGAAAAUAGCCUCAAACAAGACCUAAUAACAGGGAGGGCCUACUACAGAAGCGAUACCUCGCUUACCAUAAAGGACAAUGAUCUUGAACUUUAUAGUGGUGCUGUUCACCGUGUGAAGUCGCUGAUAGUUGAGGGACCACCAAUCAACGAGCCGGAUCCUCCAGUCUGCUUCAUUAAGUCUGAGGAUAAGUCAACGUGCGCAGGCGAAGAGGAGGAAAGUGACUUUUCCGGUAAGGCUGUUGCCUUAGUUAAAGAGUUAACCCAACAGAGUGAUGUUUCAAUCCCUGAAUUACCUCUAGCGCCCGAUUAUUACAGUGAAAUGUUUGAAGGGAUAUUGGAAGAGGUUAACGAAUAUGUCGAGUGUUUCUCGGAGUUGUCCAGUUUCCAGGACGCGCUUAAAACAUGGCCAAAAGUUAGUGUGACAGAUCUUUCCUUGUGUGAACGAGAAACGGUAGUGUAAAUCAAAUGGACAGGCCAGUGUAAACUUAAUAGAAACGCUAGUAUAAACCAAAUUGUACUAACUGAGAGCAGUGUGGCAAAAUGCACUGCUAACGCUUAGGAGCAAGUUAACAUACAGAUAUCAACCACCCGGUCUAAUGAACCGUCUGCUAAGUAACAUAACACUGGGUGGAAGGCGCCUCAGUUUGUUCGGAGAAAUCACAUAACAAGUUCAUUGGACAAAACAGUCGAAUAAUGAUAUUUGACAGAUUAAAUUCAGUAUAUCAAGCACUAAAAUGAAAAUUAUCCCCAUUACACACAUUAGUCUUAUCAUGUCCAAUAUUCUUGGAGCGAAACUAUAGAAACGCGAAGACUGAACCUCCGACAAUGAAUCUCUUGUUAUGAUGAUACUGAUUAUAUACAGAAAUUAACCGAGCUUAAAUUACGCGAAAGGAAGUUUUUUACUUUCCACUGAAAAACAAAUAAUGUCGACUGAUUUUUCAAAGCGUUGCGAACCAUAUUUGCUGUUGCGAACUAAUUACGAAAUAAAGUUAACGCUUAUGGCUACUGAAGAAGGUCAAUCAAAAGCGUGCAGACUGAGAGCCACAUCUCCCCGUGCAAUAAGUUUACUAUGUUUAGGAUGUGUUCGACUGAUAAUUUUCCGAAAUAAGAACAAAUGAAAUUCCUUGUUUUGGCAUUCAUUACGUCGCAACAUCUAGAAAUCUACUUGAAAUGAAUUUGUAUCAACGUUUUUGUGUAUUCUUAUUUCGGAAUACGGUCAGUCGUACCCACCCUUAUAUAGGGGAAUCUUUGUGUACAUUUUUUCCUCAUUAACAUAUACUCAUCAUUAUCUGAUGAAGCUAAUAAAAUAAAACCUCUGAAUAUUGAAGGAGCAUAACAAUUUCAGUUAUCUCUGAAAAUAUGAGCCCAAUCUACCGAAUGGUUUCGGAGAAAUUCUCUUUUAAAAAGUCGAAAUUUUACUAAGAAUGUAUGACUCGCUAACUUUUUUGCCACCUAGUACUUUAAUUCGUAGUUUUCGAUGGCUGAUAUUUCCUUCAAUAUUGCUUCCAAAGAGCUUAAAAUUGCACAAAUAACUCAUUGACAAGUUAAUCAGCUCUUUCAACGUUUGAAUUUAGUUAGUAUAUACAGCCACGGCUUCAAGGGGUUGAGUCGUAGGCUAAUGAGGAAAAAUGUAAACAAUGACGUCUGCAACGAUUCGCCUAUACCUUAGGCUUAAAUGAAUCACGAAUACCUAUGGCAGUGUAUUCGAACAAGCUUUCUAGUACGGUGGUUCAGAUCCAUUCCUUGUAGUGUUUGAGGCUGACCAAACAUCCCACCGCGGUCAAGAGUACAAUGACGACGCGUGCACAAAUUUAGUUUUGGCAAAUGAUGACCCAAGGUGGAUCUCAGCAAAAUUUUAUUACAUAAGUCACGGCAGUAAGAAAAAGGAAUAAAUGUUUUGGAGUUUGUCGUGAAAGAAAAAAAUGGGAAAGAACAUUUCUGUACAGCUUUUCGUUCAGUAAAAAUACAUAAAGGAAGGUCAGAUAGCUCUGAGACGAACCAUUCAGAGUGACUGUAUCCCAAAAUAGCUCAACAUGCAAUUUGCAGGCCUGGUCUAACGUCAGUCGUCUCUUCUAAGUCAUCAUCUCUGAUACAACUCCUUUGACUGGUGUUCAUAAACGUAUUUUGUUUGUAAUCUUAGGGCACCUGCAUAUCUGCAAAAAAAAAGAACGAUUAGGGCCGACCUGCACCUAUUCCAAACAAGGUUUGUGAUUGGCUGGGAAAACAAUAGGGAUGGUGACAUAACAAUGCUCCUAUCCCUGAAAACAAUAGGUAGUGUAGGUUAUAGGGACCAAUAAAAUAAGAGGUUUGGAUGGGUGCAGGUCGAUCGAGCGAUUAACCAAAAUAUUGUAUUUUAAAUUUUUUUUAUAAAUUGGGCAAUCGGACCAAAAAUGGCAGUGUUGCAGGAAUGUUCUUACUGAUAUACGUACAUCGAAAACUUACGUCGGAAAAAGAAAACAGUUUUUUUUGAUUUUAUACAAAAAGGGCGUUGGGCUAUAACUAAAUCCGUUGUUGGUUAGAUCAAGAUUAAACCUACUCUAUAUAUUGCUGAUGAGAAUUGUGUACAUUCUCAUCGAUUGAAUGAAAUCAUUAAAUCAAAAUAGAGCCUCUUAUUUAUUUAUUCAAAAGGCGGCAUAUACACUAAAAUAUUCGUAGAUAAAGCAUAUUUAUAAAAAGUGUAUAAAACGUUGUUCUUUUUGUUAAGGCGUACGUACUUCUUUAAGUGUUCUGUUGAAGCCAGCGAAUGGCCUGAUCUCGAGACAAUAAUUUACUUCUUAAUUCUCAUUCUGACAUCUAUGUUAUUUUCUCGCUCAGGUCUAUAUUCAGACCCGUCUCCUCAUGUGUACAUUUUAUUUAAGACGAGAGUUGCAACAUGUAUUUAUAAGCAUGCGGUUCGGAGGUGAUACUCUUUAGAGAAGUGGAGCUUAAUUAAGCAAAGACUUUUGUGAGCGACGCAUGUCAGUAAAUCGGAAGUGAGGUUCCACCCUUUACUAUGCCUUGACACUACCAAAUUUUUAUUGAUAAGUGUUAUAACUCUCAUAGAGACGUUGUGCCUUAAAACUUAGACAAAAUCACUUCCCAAUUAUUGCAAAGGGUCCUCUACCGGUUGACAUGCAUCGUUAAAAGACGUCGUUACUUAAUAAGCUCCCUAACCGGGAUUCAAAACAGUACGGGACUGUACUUACUAAUAAAACUGACUAGGUUUUAAGCAGUAAGGAGCAGUCAGAUGUAUUUUUAGGGUUAACGUUCUGUCUUCUGGGAAGAUACUUAUAUAGUUAAAUUCGAAUCCAAAUAGGUAUUGAAAUAUUUAAUAUUAUUAUUUUAAUUACAGAUUUAAGUAGUCUUAUUUUAUUGCGGGUGUAUAAAAAAAUAUGAAAAUAAACUUGUGUUGAUGUUUUCUAAUAUUGUUUUGCGAACGAGUUUUUACAUGAAGUUUACAGGGUCAAACCUUGUUGUUCCCUCUUAGCCUGUUCACAGACCCCCUAUAUUUUCUCUUCAAAGUCCGUCGAACGUGGGUGAUAAAAUAUAAACCGCAGGGGCCGAUGUUUUUGAAAAGAACGAAAAGAAAAAUAAAACAACGUCUGAUUACAGGCUAGUUCCCCCUAGCCUGCUAGCUAGAGACACUUAUGAUUAAGACGAACACAUCCAAAUCCAAGACAUAUGAACUUUCAGAGCAAAACAGCGAAGAGAAGAGCGACUUGAAUUUCCCGGCCCAUUUAGGCAGUCAAGCCCUCCUUCUUCAGGAAUUUCAUGAAGAAACUGAAAGUCGUCACCACGACUUUUACGUUUUUACCAUGACUUUAAGUUUACGAAUCACUUCAAAUGACUUUCCAUUUUUUCAUCAAUGAAAUCCCCUGAAGGAGGACCGCCUAUCUUUCGCCUGAACUCCUACGAUAAGGGUUGAAAAGUAUUCCCGGACAAGGAUUGUAUCGCUUGCCCGAAAAAUAGGGCUGCAUUGUAGACUAUAGUUCUACCCCUCGGUAAAUUCUAGGUGUUUCCGAAAUACAUAAAAGGGAGCUUAAGGAACGACGACGGCGACGUCAACGAGAACGGCAAAAAAGCAAUAGGCUUAGAUUGGCAAAACAACAACUUUGCACGUGCAUCACGCUUUUUUGUACAUUUCUGCACGACUACCACGUGAAAAUGCCUAUUUUCACGUUUUGUGGAGGACUUGAUUGCAAGAACAUGACUUUCUUUUCUUUUUCUGGACCUCGAUAUCAACUCCAGAAAAUAUUGCUAACGGUAUUUGACGAAUUGAAGGAGAUGGAAUAACCGCGAUAAAGUUUUCAGCAGCGCGACUUCACUUUUGGAGUGAUGUUUCCGAAGUCGUCGCCGUCGUUGUUGCUUAAGGUGAUGUUACACGAGACGAUUCGCAAUGAUGAUUUUUAGAGCAACACAGCGUUGCAACAUUGUUGCGACAUAGUUUCGAAUAGUUACCACAUUGUUCCAACAUUGCAACGCUGUGUUUCCGUAAAAAUCGUCGUUGCGAAUCGUCCCGUGUAACCCUUGAAAACUGAAGAAAUGGGCCGCUAACGCGUCCUUGCCCUGGGAGGUUUCUCUCUCACUUUUUGCAUUCACACGUGAUCUCAUUGCAUUCAACACUGUUCUAUCAAGUAAACUGGAUACUGCCCUACGGUUACAUCACAGUCGAACCAUCCAUGUGCGACCACCUGCCGCUUUUAAAACUUUAAAAGUGGUGGGAAAAUCGUGGUCUCUUAAAAGCGACCUCGAACAUUUUUGGUAGUGACCCUGUUUUACGCGGGAUUUUCCACCGUUUUUAACCUCUUUUAAGUGAGCACUUGACGAAUGGUUUGAUCUCCUUCGAUUGAAUGUGUUCACUUCAGUUCAACAAAGUGUGAAAACUAAUCAUUUCGUUAAAAAUUGCUGGAAACAAAUGCCCUCGGAAGGCUGAAAAUGCUAUUUUAGAGACCCCAUAUUUCCAAAUCCUCCCGGGGAGCAGGCCCCCGGACCCCUGACUAGGGCGCUCGUGAUUGGACCCCCCAAUAAAUCUACCUUUGCUAUGGUACUCUGUUCGCUGUAUGAACUACACCUUUCAAAGUAUGUUCGCAACUUUUCGCACAACAUGGGACUUAGCCUCCCACGCAGGCCUUUUUAGGGGAGCUCGUAUUUCUUCCCUCCCCACAAACGGCGUUUGUGGGGAGGGAAGAAAUACGAGCUCCCCUAAAAACGCCUGCGUGGGAGGCUACAUGGGACUCAACAUAUCAGGUAACAAAGAAAUUGCAUGCAAUUAUUAGCACUUUUUUAUUGCAGAUGAUCCCCAAAAUGGACCUCAACACUAGCCCAUAACGGCUCCUGACCUCAAAUGAUCCUCGACCGCCGUCGACUGCAAACUCAAGUUACUGGAUCAUCUUAUGAAGUUUAUUUUCACACCAAAAAUUAUUUUAACUGAUUACAAUUGUCUCUGUUAGAACAUUUCUUUAGUAAUUCUUAGUUUGCAACUAUUUGACAGGGGGUGACAAGGCGGCCAUGUUGGAGGUCAAUCAGCAAUAGAAUUUUUUCUCAAAGAGUUUACAUGAAAAUAGAGUUUUUAAAAUUCCCAGUGGUGACAAAUGCUUUUGUUCUUGGCCACCAACAUGGCCGCGGUGACGUCACGUGUAAACCACCAUAUCUCUUUACUUCUUAAUUCCUUGGGGAAGCGGUCAGCGGUCAGGCAUGACGUACAGCUGUGUCGUGUGUUGACCCUUAUCAAAAUCAUUUAUUAAUAACUUAAAUAAGGCUGCCCAAUCUCUUUAGCCCUCAAUGGUUAUUAUGGGUGCCUGUACUCUCUCUAUUUGUAAUAGUAUUUUAUGUAUAGAGGAUAUUACAUGGCCGCGCGGAGAUGCGAAAUUUCAUUUCGAGUGUUGAAAAAUAUUUCACGAGUGAGCGCAGAGAACGAGUGAAAUAUUUUCAACACUCGAAGAAAAAAGAAGUUUUAUCCUGCGGAAGGCUCUAUUUAUUAUAUAAAAACCAAUGAAAUACCAAACCAUUUCACUGAAACAGUUUUAUCCUGCGCAAGGGACGAUUUAUAAAGUAGCCAUAGCAACAGUGUUACAUAUCAUGUUUACGCGCGAAAGCUCACCUGGUAUUUCAUUGGUGUGUAUAUGAUAAAUAUAUAUAAUUCAAAUAAAUAGGGUUGUUGUUGUUGUUGUUGCUAAAAAACAAGCUUAAUUUCCUGUUGUUGUUUAGCAGUAUAUUGUCGUUAUAUUCAUUUGACUGUUAACGUUUUACACUGUGUUCAAGUUCUCAGUACCUUUCCAUUUCUCAAUUUUUCAGGUCUUUCAGGGGUUCUUUUGCGGUCGACAGUGGGGACCAUUUGCCGUUAAGGAUCAUUUACUGUCCAUUUUGGGGAUCAUUUCCCGUCCAGGAUCAUUUUCGGCACUGUACGCCGCAAACCUAAAGCUACGAGUGAGUUGUGUGACCAAAGGUGAUUGUGUGACUACACAAUAGACCAAUCAAAAUGCAGCUAUUGACACACCCCCCUCACACCCUUUUUAAAUGCUAACUACUAUUAUCACACUAGCUCACUAAACUAAGCCGCAGUUUCUGAAAGGUUAUCAAUAGGCUCUUUUGUUUUUUAGUUGAUUAUUUAGCGUCAAAAUAUUACGUGUACAGAUGAGUUCAUAUAUCUACAGCAAAGUGAGCUGAAUUCGCGUUUCUUGAAGGAGGCAAUUUAUCGGUGAAUGCCCAAUGCUAAACACUCAAGCAAGGUGAGCCUGUUAUUCUGAUUUCAUUUGUUAUUUCCAUGAUAACCUACUACAGCCGUAGAUGCAGUAGUUACACACAUAAUUUAUUGAGAAGGACGACAUCAGACAGUAGAUACAGAAUAUAUUUCUGAUAUCGCGCAUGUUAUGCGUCUUCCAAGCUGUAUUCCUGAGAACUGGGAAGCAGCAGCCGUUCCUUUAAACGCUUUUGUAUUUUUAUUAGCUUAUACAAACCAGUUUGCAGAGUGCAAACGACAAUUAGACAUAGUGUGUGCUUUAUAUUCUGUUCUAAGUGUAUUUAUGAAGUGAAUAGACGCUACAGUGUUUAGGCAGUCAGCCGUAUAAGUGGAUACACCGAGGUUGCUGCACGAAUCUGUAAUGACAAAUCGCAAUCAUGCUGUUUGUGACUGUGUAUCCACAUAUCCGCGUGAUCAUCUAAUUUUGGUGCUGCUUCACGGGUAGCAUGAAAAUAUCGAGGAGUUGUAGAGUAUAACUAAUGGGCGACGUAUGAAGCGUGAAACUUCUGUCGACUCUCCGACAUUCGACUUCCUUAUUAAGCUUUAAUAUACAAGUUAGUUUAGAACUUCCAGUAAAUAAACCCUUAAUGCAAAUUAAUAGUUGUAUAAGAACUAAACUCGGUAUGUUUCAAACUGAGUUCAGACAUAUUAUUGAUUCUUUACCGUAUAAAACAUUUUAUACAGGUAAAUUUUAUUCAAUUAUGUUAUAACAUCUACGAUCGACAAAACUGAAACGAAUAUUUAACAGAAAUAUAAUUAAUUAUUAUAACCUCACCCCCGAAAACAAAAAAGAAUGCCUGAUCACAGGUUAACGGAAAUAUGGCAUUUUUCAACUACGCUCUUAAUGCAAGAAACAAUUGGUCUUAUUCAUAAAAUAACUUGUCCAAUAAGGUCCAGUUUGCAUCGUUUAAUUAUUGAUCGUUUUCACAAUGCCGCUCUUCUCUCGCCGUUCAACAUAUUCAAAACAAAUGCUCUCGUUAAGAAUUUAGCUGUGUGUAACUCAGAUGUAAUCUUAUUAGUCGCUUUUAUGGGUGAACGUUUGAGUUGUAAGUUCAACCUCCACGUUGAUCCACCUCACUAUCAAUGAGAAAAAAACAUGUCCUGUAGAGACAGCAUAUGCAGGUAAUUCUUUUUCGGGUAGUAUUUCGACGAUGGCACUCUAACUUGCAUUAUAACGGGCCGACAGAUUGCCUACAACUGGAAGAACUUAUGGCAGCUUUCAAUAAGUAGUUUUAUAUACUUUAUAUCAAUUAAGUACAAAGUUAGCGAAUAACCAAGUACAGCAACAGAAUAUGUUUUCAGCUUUGUUACGAGUGUAUUUAUACACAAAAACAUUUUGAAUGAUUGCUUGAAAAAUAGAUUUUUGGUGCUAGUGGGGCAGGAACCGCUAAGAACGUCUGCAUGAGAGGCUGUUAUACGCUUUACUGCAGAAAUAUAUUUCACUCACAAAACUUGAAUCGCUAAAAUUUUGAUUUUUUUUUUCACAAAAUACAAAUGUUGCAAAUUGGCAGCAAUUUUGUAGAAAUAUUAAGUAAAGUAGCUUAGCAACGGUUUGGUCCACGUAAAGUCCGAGUUUACAGGCGCGUUCCAUUGGGAUAAUCCGAAAGAUGAUUUAUACUUCAAGAUCACUAGAAUCAAGAUGCAUCAAAGGAACCGAUGAAUCCUUGUUCAGAUGGAGUGUUGCGGUUUCUUUGAUGCAACAUGAUCAGCGUCAUCUUAGAUCAUUAAUCUUGAUCCGACAGUACAAAGCUGAUUCAAUAAAGGUUGCUUUGGGCAUUGGUCAUUACGCAUUGGGAAGCUAUUGUUUGGUGCUCACUCAAGUAAAUGAUUGCCUUGUUGCAUAUGCCCAAAUGCCCAAUGCCCAAUUACUAAUGAUCAAUUACCGAAGCAACCUUUCUUGAUUUAGCUGUACACACACUACUUAGUCUGUGCUCCACGGGCUAUGUCACGAGAUCAAUUCUGUGCUGAAGUCAUUACUAGGUGCUUAACCAUACACAACUGAAAUGCACCGUUAGAGAUAUGUCAUAUGAAAGUGAUAUCAAACAAAUUUCGUAAGAGAGUUCUGGGCAUAAAAAAUAUUUCGGUGAUUUUCCAGGUAUAGCAUCAAACCUUGAAAAAGUUGGUCAAACUCUAUGUCCAUCCAUGCCAUUCGUUGCAAUCGACGACAGGAAACAGUUUCAAUGUAUUAUUAGUCUUAAAUAACAAAACUGGACCAUUAUAUUUGGAAUUCAAUUGAUGCGAAAACGUUUUAGCUUUUUUUAAAGUUAGCCCUCGACGGACUCAAAAGUGGACAUAGCUUUAGAUUGCGACUGAUCAGUUCUUUGCGUAAAUUUACUGUUUGCAGGAGGAUAGAACGCGCACAACAUUCAGGGAAGGUAUGGAAACUUUAAGCGAACAAAAAAGGGAAUGAAUCCAAAGGAAGCAAAGAUUUUUUCUCUCUGGAGCAAGUUUCAUUUCAUGCUGACCAAAACUCCUGCUGGAUCGUAAUAAAAGAUGGAGUUUACGAUAUGACUGACUUUGUUGGGGAGGUAAGAAAUGUUUAGAAGUUCUACCAGCAGCAGCUACAUCCUAUUCGCGACAACGAUCUUUAGGCCAACAAUGCUGCGUUAAAAGUUGAUACUGUGGAGAAUAGGUGCACAGACUCGCACCGGAUCCCGGAAUCCGAGAAGGUUUUGCCUCAAGUGGGAUCCGGAAUCCAUCACAUUUUGCUGUGGAAUUCGGAAACCUGGGCUUGGAAUUCGGAAUACAGCUCAAGGAAUCCGGAAUCCCACUAAUGAUUGGAAUCCGGAAUCCGAGUUCCACUUAAAAAAUCCGGAAUCUAGUACCUAAAUCCGGAAUCCACGGCGUGGAAUUUAGAAUCCAAAUUGUCUUGGAUUCAACAGACGAUUUUCUGUACAAUUUUUGCGUUGCAAGUUUUUAGAGUUUUUGAACAGGCUUCACGUAAGUUGAAACACCAAAUCACGAAUUCUGCUCAAGUGUAUCCGAAUAACAUACCUGUCAUCAAUUUUCUGCACAACGCCUAUUCGGAACCUCAUUUGCUUCGUUAAUUGCACUCAAACUGAUCGUCCCGCGAAGAGUGUCUGAUGCCAAAUUAACGUCUUUUUCAUGUGCAUGUGUUGCCCUGAAAAUCGUCGAUGCGGAUCUUUUAAUUUUGUGUAACAUUUACCGUUAGUUUGCAUGGUUGGUAGUGGUUCGUGUGGUUAACGUUAUUGAAAUUCAGUGGGGAUUGUCGAUGUUGUCUUAAGCAAGCUAAAUUCCAGUGAUUGUAACAGCGAUUUUUAUCACCAGGCUAACAAAAUACAGUUGAACUUGUCUACAACGGCCACCUUGGGAUAGAAGAAAGUGGUCUGUGUAGAGAGGUGGCCGUUGUACACAGUAAUUUCAAGGAGUUAUACUAACGCCUCUAUUGGGAUUAAUUCAACUCCUUACAGUGGAGUUUUUUUGGGGGGGAGUUAUUUUAACUACAAAAAGGAGUUUAAAGAACUCUUUUUCAGGAGUAAAAAUCACCCCAGAUAUUAAGACAACCCCUAAAAAGGAGUUAUCCCGUACCUAAAAUUUUUUCUUCAUUAUCAGAGUUAACGUAACUCCAAAAAGAGUAAAAACAGCCCAUGUAAGGAGUGAAAAUAACCCCAUUUUCGGAGUUAUUUAAUCUCCAGACUGGGAGUUAAAAGAACUCUUUUUCAGGAGUAAAAACGACCCCAAAUUUGGGGUUAAAUUAGGAGUUAACGUAAUCCCCAAAAAGGGGUUAUCCUGUACCUAAAAUUUUUACUCCAUUUUUGGAGUUAUAAUAUCUCCCUAAAUAUUUCUGUGUAGAGAGGUUGAAACAAGAGUGAAUGUAUAGACUUUCUGCCUCAUCUUCUGGGAGCGAGGUUGUCAAGCCUUUUAAGGCUUGAAAGUCGUUUUUUUUUUUAUUUUUCGGGGCUUUAGCAGUUCCCUGGCUGGUAUCUGGUCCUUGUUUGUAGCACUCUUUCGUCUUAAAAAAUGAUGAUGAUGAUGAUGUUGUGAAAAUAGCUCAGCAUUUUAGUAUCUCUAUUUCAGCAUCCUGGUGGCAGAGAGAUCAUGCUAGAACACGCAGGUGAGUAAGUCACCAGUUCUCACAUGACGGAUUAUUUCUCUAUAAAACGUUACAUGCAUUGGAAAGUUUUACGUUGUAGUCGUGCAGUAACGGCGAUGAAAUGGACAAAAAGGGUCAUGUUCGUGCGGGGUUGUUAUUAAACUUGUGGCUUUUUUGCCUUCCCUCUUGCCCUGGCCGUUGUGGUGGCUCGAACGGCACUUAAACUCCCGAACGUCUGCAUUGGAGAACAGAGCUAUGCGAUACAUCCGGAAACUUUGCGUCCCAUUUCAUUCUUUUUUAGAAGAAAAUCUGAACUACUCCUACCACACGAAGGGGGCCCCUUUCAAGUUAAGUCAAGUUAGUAUGGGUAAUAGCAUAAUUUAUAGUGAUAUUUUGCAUAAAUACCACGAGUGAUACUUCGAAAUUGUUAUACGUAAUUUGCCAAACAUCACGUACAAAUCAUGCUAUUAUUUGUUUACACUACUACCCGCAAAAGGUUUGAAAUUUUCACAUAUAGGUAUUUCAAAUUAAGCUGAAAUCCCACUGCUCUAAGCAAAUCAAAUUGCAGAAAUUUCUGAUGUAGUAGUAUAAAGUAAGGAAAGCAAAAGUGUCGAGUUGGCAAUUUCGCUGCGGAUCUCUUCAAAGGCUCACUAGGCCUAACUUCAGUUCUUUUCUUUUUUUGUUUUUUUAUUCGGGGAAGAAUGACCGCAUGGUCUCAGUUUAAACUUGCUCACUUUGCACGUGAUCCAUUUUCUCCUCCUGUUUUAAUUUUAGUGUUCAUUGAGUUAAACCUUAACUAAUUUCUUAGUGGACAUAACUUUUCUCAAGGUUUAGAUGCGACCACGGUGUUCCAAGACAUCGGUCACUCAGCAGAAGCCUUAAAGAUUCUCGCAAAGUACUAUAUUGGCGAGCUGAGAGAGGUGAGACGCUGAACGUUUUCGCUACUCAUUUGUUAUUGCUGUCGUCGAUUCAGGAAUCCAAAUGUACCACGCCCGCCCCUUAAAUUAAAGCCUGCAAAACAGCCUUUCCUCCUCGGUCCUCGUCGUUAGGGACGUUUGCCGCGAAAGGUCCCUAACGACGAAGAGCUAGGAGAGACGGCUUAAUAAUCUGACGUACUUUCUUUACAGGAAGACAGAAUCUAUGACCGGAAGCCCAAACAUUAACGAUCAAAGGUAUAGUGUUUUUUAACCUUACGCUUUUUAGCUCAGUUGUAACAAGUACUGAUACGAGGAGUGAUCGACAAGCGUUUGUCGUGUUUUUGAGAGACAACAUUUUAGAUUACAUUGUCAAGUGUCUUCACAUUACAAUACUUUUCGGUGUGAUGAUAAUCGCCUUAGGUUUUCGCUAUAAUAGUUUGGAUUACGAGUUUUGUUCGCACUACGACGAUAAAAACAAUCAUGAUCGUAAAUAUCUCCAAGGUCGAUAAUUCUCUGUGUAGACCGAUAAAUGUCAUACUCGUGUGAGCGGAAGUUGUAAACACGUUUAGUCUGUAUGCUUGGAGACUUGCUUGUAAUAAGAAAAAAGGCGGUUAGUUCUAGUGUCUGUUAACAUUCGCUCUGACGUCAUAGAUUUGCUUAGGAGCCCGUCCUGGUUUAUUGCAAUGAGAGGCGGUUUUAUUUAUCAUUUGUGUAUCACCUCGAAGUAGACCAAAACUGCACUGAAAAAACGCGAGUGCCAAGGCGGAGAACAGGUACAGUACUUAGCACUGUGAGUCUUCGCGGCCCGGUUCCUCUCGGUUCUUUGUUGUUCAAGAAGUAGGGUCCUUGACCCUGGUAACAAUUAACAAAAAGUUGGCGACAAAAAGUGCUGUGACCAAUGACUAAGGAUUGCAGUCUACAUUAUUCCCUUUGCGGGCCACUCCAGGGAUCUUUAGUGUUCUUGGAAUCACUUGCCGCCUUGCCGGUCAGUUUUGGGAACAUUUUUUUUAGGAUCAUUUCAGGGGCAAUCUACAUCUUUUCCAGAGCCGCUUGAUCUUCUUUUUAAAAUGUGUCAAACUGAAUUUGAUCGGGCAUGUUAUUUUUAAUAUCGUACGACAAACUAAACUGCAGAAAGAUAAAAGAAGUGUCCUUCAAGAAGUAUAAAUGUACUUUCCUCAGUUUUCACCAUUAUAACGACCACCAACAUAACAAUUUUGAAAACCGCAAAGGAACCCUCGAGACACGUGUGCCCCUAAAGUUGCAGUUAGAACUCGCACUUUAACUUUUAAAAUUGUUACAGUUUGAAUGAAUAGUUACACUUUGUUUUUCCUUCUCCAGGAUCGAUACGCGGCGAAACUAGUCAAGUUGGUAUCGUCAGCAACACUCCGCCAUGUAAACGAGGUAGAAACCAAGGGGAAGUCGUUUUAUAUAACAGUGCAUUUUCCUUUAGUCACCCUACGGAGUACUACCAACAGCAUAGGAGCAUGUGAAGACGGCAAAGACCAAUCCUAUUGACAUCGGUACAAUCAAAGAGGAUUUAAAAAGCUGCUCUAACGAUUUCGAAGUACCACGCACGGGUAAAAGGACUAUAUUCAUUUCUUUUAAGUUGAAUGAGGUACUUUGCUUUCUCGAUCGAACCAGUUUUUGUGUAGGUUCGAGUGUAUACACAAUGUAGGGGUCUUAUCUUCUAAAAAGAUCAUAAAAUGAAAUUUGUGGUGCAUGGCUUAUGUAUUGUCAUUGGAAUAUAAUUAAGCCAGUAUCUGGAGUUCAUGUUAUAUGCCGAUAUGAUGUAUCAUCAGUUGUUUUCCUCGGCAUAGAGUCAUGAUUUUUACUCGUUCAGAUUCCGUCUUGAAAUAAAUAGGUUACAGAGUAGUGUUUUACACAUCCUUCUCAAACUCAUUAAUAAUUCAUAAAGAAAAUUCAAAGGAAAUUAAUGUUUAAUGAGUGUUUGGAUAUCAGAUGAAAAACUGCUCAUUUUUGCAUCCUUAAUUUCUCCGUCAAAAAAGAUUUUGUUUGAGAAGAAAUAUCAAACAUUCGACACAGUGUUUCAUCACCAGAUGAAACACCUCGAAGUUCGUCAAAAAUACUCCGCUGCGCGUCGUAUUUUCAACUCUCUUCUCGGUGUUUCAUCUGGUGAUGAAACACUGCAUCUCAUGUUUGAUAUAUUACAUCACCCUCCAUUAUCACCGCUUAAGUUGUUAACUGUUAAUUCGUAACUCACAAAAACUCGACCAGUCAAUUUCUUGCACAACAUAUACACAAAUUCCCCGGAGAGUGGCAUUCUUGUCAUUUUCACUCGACAUGAAAUGCAAAUUCUCUUUCUGGUGACACAUGUUAUCUCCUAUUGUUCUCCUUUCCAGUGUCUGCCGUUCGCCUUUUGAAUCAUUAAAAGCGUCCACUAGUUUUACUCGACCCUCUACUAAUUACUCUUCAGCGUAGUACAGAUCAGGGUUUGGGGUCAUCUAGACCCUUUAAUACGAAGAAACGCCAGCGAGUCCAGAAGCCCAUGAAAGACUGUGACUUGAAAUGCCAUAUACAUUAUAUAACUUUUGCAGAUACUGAAUAAAUUGUCAAACACUGGAAUCCUACUUCCUGAUGCGAAUUACAGCUCAUCAGAAUCAAAUUGAGGUUUGAAAUGUCACUGAGCCAUCUUGACUCUUCCGUCAUUUUCUUCACUGUCUCUGAACCAUUUCUCAUUUUCACUUGAGUAGUUGUGUCACCAAAAUCGAAGUUAUAUUACUUGUGAUUAUCAUCACCAUUCACAAUGUGUUCGUCUUAUUCUGUUGUGCCCGACAGAGCAAGUCUCAGAAGCUAUCUUUCUUCUAUUACCAGAGAUAGCGUUUCUAUUCAGAAGGUGGUCCACCUCCCAUCACAAAAAGGAAGAAACUUUGAAUCGUUACAAAGUCUUGCUAAGUCUCAUGAGUAAGUCCCAGCAGCGUUCUACAUGGAUCCUUGUCAGGUAUACAAGUAGGUGUGCAACAGUCUUUACUGUUUGUUAUGCAUCCAUGGCGUCUCGUUGACGAACACUUAGUCACUUAGCUACUAUGAGCAAUAAUUCUUAUUAAUAGCACUUCGUGUGUUGGUCUUUUUAUCAAGUUUUUUUUUGGGUGCUUUCGCCGAUUUUGUAUUUGUUUGUACAUGAUGAGCUGCAUUCCGAGAACUUUACAGAACUUAGUUGGAAAACACAGCUAUUGGAAAAAUGGUUUCUAAUUAACGGGUGGUACGUCAUAGCUCGCAUGGUGAUGCCUUUUAAUUCUUAUAGAGUGAGGUGGCAAGCUAUCUUCAUUUUGGCUGUUCUGCCCGCGUUUCUCUCCAGAUUUUUCCCUCCUCAGUACAGUAAGGUCCCAAGUUAUAAAUAAAUGGCUCAUGAGGGCGCCUUUCUUUACAAUUUGGUUUAUUCGCGCGUGUGCACUUUAAACAAACAUGCUGAAGGGUAUCUCCCCUCCAAGAAUGAGCAAAAGGACAACGAUUUGUGAUGUUGAUAUCGGGAACCCCACAUGUAUGAGUUUCGCACUCCUUUGAUUUUUUAGCGCCAAGUACCCAAGCUCCAUGAUGAAGCUUGCCUGCCUCGUCAACAUACUUGGGUGUAAACUUGUACCUUUCUGUUCCACGAGUAACCUCAAUGGACUUCCAUUUGCGUCCUUGUGCAGAAAAGACGUUCCAGGGGCCACUCCGUGGUCGGCUUGGGGAUUUUGGUAGUUGUUCCUCCUGUCGUGAACGCCCUUGCUGCACAGCGGAAGCAUACGAGACAGGGUGAGACGAUGUGCCUGGUUGGUAGACGUUUUCAAUACUGACCCAGGAUGACAUAGCACUCCUAGCGUGGGUAUUAAAACAACUGGACGAAACAGCAGACUUUUCUGGUUCUCCGGGAACGUCGGGGGAGCCACUGAUUAGCGUGUUGAGCAAAUUUGGCACUGAUGAGCUCAUAUAUUGUUUUUCCUUUGAUAGUGGGCUGAUGGAAAUAUCGGAAAAAUCCCCAGCAUUUGCUGCUACUGCCUUUUGUCCUCUUUUCGGAUUCCUCGGCUCAUAUUGUUUUUCUCUUCUUGGUACAGCUGCGGUAAGGUUGUCCUUUCCAUUUGCGUAAUCGAUCAGAGGGAAUUCCCAAUCGAAAGUUUCGAUGUCCUUACGACUUAAGAUGGCUGCGUAAGUAUCAUUGUCAACAGGGUCAUAUGCAUAAGGUCCAGAAAGAGAAAAGCCAACGUAGAACCACAAGUCGUCUUUACUUUGCUUUGGGUAACGUUUGUCGUCAAAACGUAGCUGAAUUCCUUGGUACGUUAUAACACCGUUGAAGUUGACAUCCUUUUGACCGCACACUCGUUCUAGCUUCUCUGAGAUCUCUCUACUUCUCCAGAGGUUGGUUUUAGAUCCCCCCUUUUCAAGCGAUCGAAACUGUUGACUGUUUGCAAUGGCGUACAAUCCAGUUCCCUUUCCAAGAAAGUAUUCUGCACCAGAUUUCCGGAAUCCUUUUCCUGUCUUCUUCAGGACGAUUUUGUCGCAUUUCUUGAUUGAUUCUUUGGCGGAAUAAUUGAAGAACGCGAGCCGUUUAUCUGGAAUUGGGAAAUGAAUCAUGUAGUUAAAUAGAUGGGCCCAUUCUGAAUCCGGAAAUUUCGACACCCACAUGGUCACAAUUUCGUCCAGCUCUUCGACGGAUGGUUUCUCUUGUAAACGAAGACAAGCCUUACAACAAAUAAGCAUGUCAUCAUGACUUCCAUAGCCACGAGAGCAAAGCACUUUAAGCGAGUUAUAAAUCCGGGAAACUUCUCCAUCGCUUAAAUUAAGCCAUGUGCUGUACGUGGUCUCAUUGUUUAUGAAAAGAACAUCUUGUACAAACUGUUGGCAAAGAGCCUGGGCAUCCCUCGUAAACGGUUGGGAAGACGUCGUAACUACCAUAUCACGCAGCUGGCUUCUAUCGAAACCCGUCACUUCAUAAAAGGUUCUUCGCAAUUUCAACGCCCUCAAUUUGGCAUUAAUUAAACCUCUGAUUGCAUUGUCACCAUAAGUAGUCAUGAGUCGGAACUUAACAUCUCCGAAAAUUUCAUUAAGAAGACCAAGUGUCGUAGAACUUAGAUCUUUUAUGUAGUUGUGUUCUUCCUGGGUGAGUACCUCUUCCAGUUCACUUGGAAUAUCAGCUGUCUUUAGAUACUUUGUAAUGCUUUCACCAUCUAAGCGAAAGAACGGCAAACCUUUGACUAUUUGAAGAAGCGAGACAAUGGCUUGAACUUUCCCUAUCAUUGAAUAAUAGUUGAGCUCAUGAGUAGUACUAAGUGCCUUGUCGUAGACUUCUAGUGCUUUGCGACAUACAUCAAUCACUUCAGUCAUGGAGGCGGGAAGGGUAGGCCCGUCCUCUGAUUUGAAAUCUCUUAGCUGCAGAAGGUACAGAGUUCCUUUGGUCACAUAGUGAUGACUGUACUUAGGCUGUUGGUUAAUCGCAAUAUCAACGGCAAUGUGUGCUGCUUCGAUACCUAUUUUAGGCAUGGGCAGCUUAAUUCCUCGUUCUUCAAUCAUAGUUGUAUGAAGACGGCAAUGUUCCUCAUUUUUUGCUUCCAUCUCAUUCGCACGCAUCUCAUAGCCCAUGAAUCGCGCCAGCUGCUGCCAAGCGUAUGCCUUCUCCUCCACUUCAGAAGCCAUUAGACAGAUCUUAAUGAGUAACCGAAGGGCUCUUUGAAUGCCAUCGUUUCCCUCCAGUAUAUCUAAUAUUAGGGGAGAAUAGCGCGUUUUCACUUCAUAAAAGCCAAGUACAUCGUCUUCGAAAUCUGAAUCGAUGCUUUCAUCAUGCGUUUCAUUGUACUUCAGAUACACUGGAUCUGAAAUUCGCUUUCGAUCUAAGAACACCUUAAAAACUUGCUCCUUUAAAAACUUGUUGACGUAGGCUUUUCCUUUCUGAAUCUGUUCCAUCAAAGCUAUUGCUGUUUCUUCAACAUUGAUUCUUGAUGUGACAGCUUCACUGACCAGAGAAUGUGCUGGUCUCCAUCCGUAGUAACCAUUUGUUUCAUCAAACCCUUCGAGAAGAAGUCCACCAAAGAUUUUGUGGAUGUGCUGCAUUAAUGCGCAUUUUUCUUCAUUCUCGUCACUGGCUUCAUAGAGCAAGUCGGUGACAACAGGGUGCGGGAGAAUGGCUCGGCCGUCGCUGUAAUAAUGAAGAAAGCAACAGAAAUUAAGAACCGUCUCAUGAAUUUCUUGAGAAUCAUUCAAAAAAUCAAGGGUACUCUUGAUGUGGUUCUGAAGCCUUUCCUCAAUCUUGUCAUACUCGCGUCCAAACAGCUCCAAUCCGAACCAAAUGAAUCGUUUCUCCCUCUCAAGAACCUCCUCUGCUCCCCUUCUUCGCUUGCUAUCGCUUGUGAUAUUAAUCAAAAUAUCUUUAACCAGACUCAUCUCCUUAAUGUCCAGUUGUCGCAACGUCAAAUCAAAAUGCGAGUUUGCACUUAACUUUCCAAUUGGAAAUGUGGAUAGAAUCACACACUUAGUCUGCCUUCUUGUGAUUUUCUCAGUUAGUCGUCUUGUUUCAUUCUCAGGAAAGUUAUCAACAAGAACGAGACAAGGAGGGGCAAAUUUAAAGUUUUUUUCGUCGUACGUGAUUCCUUGGAGUUGCUCGAUUUGAUAAUCUGUGUUGGUUGUGAUUGCCUUAACAACAGCGCAACGGUAUUGCGUACGUUUUUUCCAAAGGAUUCUGCGACAAAGCGUAGUUGCUCCAGAUCCAGGCUCGUAAGUAACGGUAACGGUGAUGACGUGAGAGCUGGUGUCUUUGCUGGGCUUUGACAAUGUCUUUAAAGCUUGUUCAAUCUUCUGCAUCGUUUCUUCUUCCAGUGUUCUUUCAAUGCAAUGGUUGUGAAAUAGAUUGGUUUGACUAGCUUGCGCACCCUUGUAAAAGGCAUUUCUGGCUUUCUCUAUGUCCUCUACCAAUCUCGGCAACCGCGGAUUUGGAACAUAGACUUCAAGAUCAUCCCACGAAUGAAUCAUCUUGUUGAACACCUCUUUCAACAACCCAGUAAAAAAAGGAAGCUCCGUUUUAGCCCCUCUUUCCUCAAAUUUAGUUGGUCCGACCAUAUCGCGGACAAUUUCUCUCAAGAGUGACCAAGGUAUAUCUGUAAUGGAGCAAUCUCUGAGUUCUCUUUGCAGCCUGGAAGCUUUGAUGAAGGCAUCUGUUACGUGUUUGCUUUCGCUGAUAACAGUAACGCAAUUGCUGGCCGAAUCUCCAAGGAUGCUGAAACAACAUUCCAUCAUGUCAACCAUCUCUUGAAUGUUACUUUCAUCAAGACCUAGGAACAAGCACAUGAGCCGCCCAAGUGGACAACAGAAUUUGUAGGUGGAAAGAGCUCGAUAGAAACAGUCCUUGGAACAUUUUAUCCAAUCUCCUUUCUGCUUUUCCUCAUUUCCCAAAAUCCAAGUCGUACCUCUUGUUGAGAUAUCGAAUCCUUUGCCGGUUUUCCCGAAAUCCAGUCAGAUGGAGCUUCUUUAAAAUCAUCUAGGCUUCUGAGUUUUGCUCUUGGUGCAUCAGUUGUUUCGUUGCAGGCAUAGUACAAACCAUCCUUUUUAGAAGUAGCGUCAAACAAAUCAAAUACUGCAAGCCAAGGAAUAUUCUGAAGGAAAGCUAACUUCGGCGUCCCUCUGUACCGCGGAGGCAACUUGUUUGCAAUCAAAACGUAGCCAAAGUCUUUAAAGUUCAAAUCACGAAGCCUCUUCUUUACCAAAGCACUGAAUUUUUUAACGUCCGAGUCAUUUGGGAUGGGACCUGAGAUAAAGCGAUAUGAAGAAAUAUGUCAACUGUGAGAUUCAUCAGUUGUCAGCUUAUCAGGCUAUCACUUUUUCGCUUUCUAAUCAAAUGAACCUACGGUAAUUAUAAGUAAUUUAAGGAAAGGCCCCGCUGCGGGUCAUAGGCCACAGGCUUGCUAUUAGCAAAACCCAAAUUGCGCAAGGUUCGUUUUGAAAAAUUCGGCUAGAUAUACAUUGCAGUAUUCUUUUUAAGAGUUUAACGGAAUCGUUUGUAUUAGUUUUUAACUGAUCUUAACUGGAAAUAGCUGAGUCCAGAAUUCCGGGAAUGGCAAAAUUACUUGUGUGUUUGAUGUAAUCAGUUCUCACACUGCUGCUGUACUUUUGUCUUAAGAUGAUUUCAGUGUUAUUUCGCUUUUGAUAUUGGGAAGGGUUUCUGUCCUCCAGAUUUUCCUCCCUCUUUCACCCGCGGUGGUUCUGAUGAGGAUUACCUUAGAUGGGACGAAUCAUUUCAGGAUACACUUGAACCUCUCUACAACGGCCACCUCGGGAACAGACAACAACAACAACUUUAUUGACUUUAUCUUUGACAUGAAGAUUUCAGUACCAAAACAAUAACAAAUGAAAAAAGUAAAAUAAAAGUUAAGUAAGAAAGAAAGGAACAAUUGAAUAUUAUCAGAAACUCAUUACCAUAAAAGAAAACGUUACUUGGCUAUGUACGGCUUCUACGCUACUCGUAUGGUAAGAAAGUUUCGAAAAGUUUAAUUAGAGUUCGGAUGCAUAACAAUUUAGAAUAUUUUCAAUAUAAGAGGCACUGAGAUUUAAGAUGUUUUGAUCGCACAUGGACAUGAUAUAUAAAAAUAGUGCUUUGUAAGACAUAUUCGUAAAAUUACUGUUUAUCGAGUAUAGGCUCUCCAAGAAGAUACCCCUUAUAUGAGAAAGUGAUGAGUGGGUACAUUUCAACAAAUAGUGGAAUUCAUCACCAAUUUCGGAUCUAUUACAAAGGGGGCAAAGCCUCUCAACAGAAGAAAGUGGUCAUUGUAGAGAGGUUGAAACAAGAGUUUAUGUACGGACUGUCCGCCGAAACAAAUGACCGUUGUAGGAGGGUGGCUGUUGUGGAGUGGUAGCCAUUAUUGGAGGUUCGAUGGUUAAUGUAAAAAAAAUGUUCUGCAAACGAACGAAACACUGGCGGAGGAGGGGAUUGGAGGCACGAGACCCGGGUCUCCAUGCACCUUAAUUUAGGCUAACUCAUUUUUUGACAAGUUCUUAUUUAAAUCAUUCUUUACUACAGAUUCGUCUGGCAGAGAGCAUUGGAAUUCCCUCCAGUCAAGGCGCUCUGCUGGUCGGCUACUUCGCUUUGGCUCAAACGGUUGGAAAGAUUCUCUUCGGCAAACUUGGAGACUCACCCCGAAUAAGUCGUUUGACUCUGACUCAAAUAUCUCUGUUGGUAAUUGCGGUGGCAGCAUGUCUGUGCCCACUGGCCCGAUCUCAUACGGCCUUACUCACGUACUCUCUGGUGUCGGGCCUAUUCGAUGGUUGCCUUUGCGUAAUGAUUGGCUUGGUGACGCAUGACAUCGUGGGACGGGGGAUGAUGGCCAAAGCUGUGGGGACACUCUUUGGAAUAGUAGCGAUCCCAAUGGCAAUAGGACCUCCCAUGGCAGGUACAUAUCCCUUUUACUGCUACGAGCAUUGUCUUAGUUUAGGACCUGGCUAAGAGCGAAGCGAGGGACUAUGGAUGGGUACAGAGUGGCCAUCCCUCUUUCUUCUUAAUACCCUGCUCGGUUCACCUCUUUCUUCGCGCACGCCCCGAUCUUCGCCCUUUUUCUCAGUCCUAUAAGUACCCCUAUAAGGAGCCUUGUCCCAGGCUAGCAUCGUCUUGGCAAGUUACCUGUUACGAGAGAAAGUCUCACAGCACCAAAAGUGAUAAAAGCCUUUUUGGAUUUUAAGUUGCAUGCUUGAGAUUUGCUUAAGUGGCAGGUAGCUCCAAAUAUGUAGUUGACUUUGUAACUGUUUCAAUUUUGUUUUCUAUUAAUUUUUUUCUUUAUACUGUAUAUGACACCAAUUGUAUAAGAUACCGUAAAAUUCCGACGUUGGAGGGGCUUAUAUACAGACUGAGGGAAAUUUGCGUCUCAAAAUCGAUGGGGCUAUCUUAUAGUUGGGAGGCAAUUUAUGUCCGUAAUUUGCAGAAGGAUUUUUCCGAGGACGUGGAUAUUUUUAGAACUCAUCCAUGCAAGUACUUUGUCUAUAUGGAGCGAGGAAAUCCAAGCCAAGAGUGAAGAGUGAACUACGCAAACAGCAAUAUACUGUGACACUUUUCGACUGCAAUCAUUUGUUGACACAAGUAAUACAUGCAGUUCUUUGGCAGAUGGAAAAAUCUUAUGUGUUAUUGUAUUUCUUUGUUUUAUUUUGAAUUUGAGGGCAGUUUCCAAGUACAAGCUCCUGGGGGCUUAUAUUUGGAGGGGUGAUUUAACGAAGGGUUUUUUGCGUUGAGAAUUUGGGGGGCUAAUAUUUGGAUAGGCUUAUACACGAAGGGGCUUACUUUCGGAGUUUUACGGUAUGUAUCCGAAAUUGAAACUCGUCAAUAACCUUGCAAAACCAAUUUUUCGUCUUUAAAACACUCGAAUUUGCCUUGAAAAAUGUCCACCCUAUCGCGCGGCCAAAUUGACAAGUAUGACGUAGAAUGGUUUGCAAGAUCAAAGUGCAUAGCAAUGACCAAAAUCGGAAGCGAAGUCUGAGUCAACUAACUGACGUCACAUGACGUCACCAACCUUUCUUUGAUACUCUACUUUCCAGUCGUUGGAAGCAGUUUUUGGAUGGCCAAAAAUUAAGAAAUCAUUUUUGGAGACAUACUUUUAAAGUUCACAACUGUUAAUUAAACUUAUCCAUGGACCAAAAUAAGUUUGAAAAAAUCUCGUGUCAUAUACACUUUAAUGCACAGACGUUGAGUAAAGAUUAAUUAAUAUUUUCACCUUUCGUCCUCAUCUCUAGACAUGCUCAAAGAGCACGGAGAACCAGGGAUGCUGCCUUCUAAUGAGGGUAUCUAAGCUCGACGGAGCCGAAUGGAAAUUCUAUUGGAGGCGAUUGGAACGAUAUGGAUCAGGCCUAACCCAGCAUUGUGCUUCACUUUUGUUCAUAUUUUUCAGGUCUGCUCUAUGACAGUACAGGCAGCUACAAUAUAGUGUUCUUCCUGUCCAGCGGACUCGUCGUUGGUGGAAGCUGCAUCAUGUUCCUCGUCCCCAUUCUUGUCACUUCUAGGAAAACCCGGCAAAAAGUCUUCAUUCCCGAGAUAACUGUCUCAGCAAAUAAUGUUAUUGACUUAGAGGAUGAUUUUUUUGAGGAUCAGAAAGCCAAAUUAACUUCUCAACUCUCGCUGGAAAGUUUCCCUGAAGAAUUCAACGGAAGUCGUUUACAUGUGGACAGAUUGAACUUGGGAUCACGCCCAAGCAGUUUCAUAUUGUUUUCAAUUGUUCCCGAGGGGAGUUUUCGGGAUCUAUCCCUGUUAAAUGAGCGAUACUCCAACAGCAGAGAAGCCAGUCACACAUCCCUGGCAAGACUGUCCGAAAUAAGAGUUGACAGUCGCGUAAACAGUUGUUUAAAGUUAGAGCCUGUUGCAGAGGCGGAAACGUCAGGGACAAGCGCGGAGUCUCUCGAGCUUAUGACUGAACCCCUGGUUGACGUCGAGCUGGUAACAAAUAAAUCGUUUGAAAGCCUCAAGAAUGCAGGUUCUAACGAGCAAGAAGUUGGACAGGUGAUUGGUACCUCAGACUAUGACAGCAAAGAUAAUCUUCCUUAUAUCACAAUUUCCAAGUCUACAGAGAGCGGGUUCGUAUCCGAGGAGUCAGAUGCAAGUCUUUAUAGUGAAAACCAUGACACUAACAAAAUUGUUUCGUCUACGUCAAACCUGGACGAAAAUCGCUUAAGUGGCUACUCAUGGAAUUCAACUGGUAGUGAUCUCUCAUGGAAGACGCAGAGUUUGGACCUGGUACUAAAAGACAAUACUGAAAAGAAUAAUAAAAUAAACACUGAUUUAUUAGAAAAUAGCCUCAAACAAGACCUAAUAACAGAGAGUGGCUACUACAGGAGCGAUACCUCGCUUACCAUAAAGGACAAUGAUCUUGAACUUUAUAGUGGUGCUGUUCACCGUGUGAAGUCGCUGAUAGUUGAGGGACCACUAAUCAACGAGCCGGAUCCUCCAGUCUACUUCAUUAAGUCUGAGGAUAAGUCAACGUGCGCAGGCGAAGAGGAGGAAAGUGACUUUUCCGGUAAGGCUGUUGCCUUAGUUAAAGAGUUAACCCAACAGAGUGAUGUUUCAAUCCCUGAAUUACCUCUAGCGCCCGAUUAUUACAGUGAAAUGUUUGAAGGGAUAUUGGAAGAGGUUAACGAAUAUGUCGAGUGUUUCUCGGAGUUGUCCAGUUUCCAGGACGCGCUUAAAACAUGGCCAAAAGUUAGUGUGACAGAUCUUUCCUUGUGUGAACGAGAAACGGUAGUGUAAAUCAAAUGGACAGGCCAGUGUAAACUUAAUAGAAACGCUAGUAUAAACCAAAUUGUACUAACUGAGAGCAGUGUGGCAAAAUGCACUGCUAGCGCUUAGGAGCAAGUUAACAUACAGACAUCAACCACCUCGUCUAAUGAACCGUCUGCUAAGUAACAUAACACUGGGUGGAAGGCGCCUCAGUUUGUUCGGAGAAAUCACAUAACAAGUUGAUUGGACAAAACAGUCGAAUAAUGAUAUUUGACAGAUUAAAUUCAGUAUAUCAAGCACUAAAAUGAAAAUUAUCCUCAUUACACACAUUGGUCUUAUCAUGUCCAAUAUUCUUGGAGCGAAACUAUAGAUACGCGAAGAAACCUCCGACAAUGAAUCUCUUGUUAUGAUGAUACUGAUUAUAUAGAGAAAUAAACCGAGCUUAAAUUACGAGAAAGGAAGUUUUUUACUUUCCACUGAAAAACAAAUAAUGUCGACUGAUUUUUCAAAACAUCGCAAACCUUAUUUGCUAUUGCGAACUAAUUACGAAAUAAAGUUAACGCUUAUGGCUACUGAAGAAGGUCAAUUAAAAGCGUGCAGACUGAGAGCCACAUCUCCCCGUGCAAUAAGUUUACUAUGUUUAGGAUGUGUUCGAUUGAUAAUUUUCCGAAAUAAGAACAAAUGAAAUUCCUUGUUUUGGCAUUCAUUACGUCGCAACAUCUAGAAAUCUACUUGAAAUGAAUUUGUAUCAACGUUUUUGUGUAUUCUUAUUUCGGAAUACGAUCAGUCGUACCCACCCUUAUAUAGGCGAAUCUUUUUGUACAUUUUUUACCUCAUUAACAUAUACUCAUCAUUAUCUGAUGAAGCUAAUAAAAUAAAACCUCUGAACAUUGAAAGAGCAUAACAAUUUCAGUAAUCUCUGAAAAUUUGAGCCCGAUAUAGUAAAUGGUUUCGGAGAAAUUCUCUUUUAAAAAGUCGAAAUUUUACUAAGAAUGUAUGACUCAUUAACUUUUUUGCCACGUAGCAAUUUAAUUCGUAGUUUUCGAU